CUAGCUUGUGUGAGGACACCAACGGAAACUUGGAAAAACCAGGUUCUACUUGGAAAUUGCCAUGAUUGAACGAUUUGGUUAGCACAACGAGAACCUGAACCGGUGAAAUAAACGUUGCUGAAUUAACUCCUAUUGAACAAAAUUUGAUCAAAACAAGAAACUGAAUUCUACAUCAAUGUGUCGAUGCUGUAAUGAAUCAGAUGUGGCAAAAUGGCGUGAUUAUCACUGAUUACUGCUCUCGAAUUUUCACUGAUAAAUUAUUGUGGGCUAAAUUUGUAUGGUCUUCAGCUCAUCUUGUUUGCCAGCUUACAAGUUAGGUGAAGGUGUGGUUCAACUGAAGUCUUCAGAUUUAUAAUGGCGACUGCCGUGAAAGAGAUUGGCAGUUGGCAGUCUAAGGGAACCCUUGGACAAGGGGGCUUUGGUACAGUCGUCUUAUGGCAGCAUAAGGACUCCAAAGAGGAACUGGCCUUAAAGCAGUGCCGGGUCACCUUGGACGCCAAGAACAAGAAGCGAUGGGUCAUGGAGAUCGACAUCAUGAAGCGGCUGAAGCACCAGCACAUUGUGGAGGCUAAAGAGGUGCCUGCGGAACUGCAGCUUGGAGACGGGGAGCUCCCCCUAUUGGGCAUGGAGUACUGCCGGAGGGGAGACUUGCGGAAGGUCCUCUGCCGACCCGAGAAUUGCUGCGGCUUGAAACAAGAGCAGGUGCUUCAAAUAGCCAAGCACGUCUUUGACGGUGUGGAGUACCUACAUUCCAAGCGCAUCAUUCACCGAGACUUGAAACCUGAGAACAUCGUCAUACAGGAGAAUGAAAAUGGACAGUUUAUCUACAAGUUGACCGACUUGGGCUAUGCCAAAGACCUGGACCAAGGCAGCGUAGCGAGUACCUUUGUUGGAACCCUCCAAUAUCUGGCACCCGAACUUUUUGCCUCACAGAAGUACAACCAAACCGUUGACUACUGGACACUGGGCACAGUGUUGUUUGAAUGCAUCACCGGUAGCCGGCCAUUCCUACCACACAUGCCACCGGUUAAAUGGCACGGUACAGUGAAACAGAAGACCGACAUGGAAAUCUGUGCCUACAUCAAUGAAGACGGUGCCCCAAUCUUCACAGAGUACCUGCUCACUCCAAACCACUUAGUACAGAUCUACCAGAAUUGCUUUGAGAUGCUGCUGCGGACCAUGCUGAAGUUUGAGCCGGACCAGCGGGGAGGAAGCAAGGACCCGGCAACGCAACGGCCUCAGUGCUUUGCCUUCCUGGACAAGAUGAUAGCCAUGCAUGUGGUCAACGUGCUGUACAUGAACACGGACACGCUGUAUAACUACGCCAUUCGUGACGUGGACACCAUCAGCUGUAUACACAAACAGCUGGAGAAGGACACUGGGGUUCCAGUCAGCGAGCAAGACAUCCUCCUGCCCACCGGCCAAUCGGUGGAUGCGACCAAAUUGGCUGUCCAUUACACCCAGGGAGAGUACCAGCCAGGUUUCAUGAUGUUCCUGUUCCACAGGGGUAACGUUCCAGAGACCUUGCCGUCAAAACCGAAACCAGAUCGAGUCAACAUGAUCAUCCAGGAACCGAAGACGCUGCUCAACUACAAUGACAGGAAGAAAUGCUGGGGCCAGGCUGUCUUCUUCUGCAGCCAGCAGGCCAGAGAGGCAUCCAGGCUAUUGGAGGGUGCUAGGGCUUCAAUGUUGUGCAUCAUGCGCUUGAACCAUCAGCUGACUGGCUUGCACAAGGACAUGAUGGGGCAAAUGCACAAGCUGGAAGCCAAGCAAGACAUGUUCCGCUCCAGCCUAGAAUUCGACAUCGAUUCCUACGCGGUCCAGUCCCCUACUGGAAUCACCUCAGAGAAAAUGUUCCGCAGCUGGAAGAGUGCUGAGAGAGAAAUAGUGGAAGACUUCGAUGCGUUGAGGAGAGUGUACGUCCUGAAUGGUCAGGUCAACAUCACGCAGACUAAGAUUGUGGAGCUGCAGAAGAGUCCAUUUUCGAGGCAGAAGCAGGUGGAAGGCCUCGUAGAAGUUGAUAUAGCAGCCCAGAAGCUGUAUCGUGAACUGCAGCAAAGUAAAAGUGGUGAAGCAGGUUGCACCUUCCAAGACAGCUCCAAGAUGCAGAACCUUCUCAUCAAAAGUAUCAACUACAGAAAUAAACAGACCAAGGAACUCUUUGGUCACCUAAACAAAUUGGUAUCGUGCAAAGUGGAGGCCGAAAGACUGGUUCCUCAAAUCGCUAACAGCGUGGACGAGAUGAGUAACCUGGAGAAGCGGAUGAUCGCCCACCAGCACCAAAGGCAAAAGGAUAUCUGGACGCUGCUUAAACACGCUGUUAACAAAGUGCAUAAUGCUGUUUCUCCACCGGUGAGCACGGCAAGCAUACACUACAGCCGUCAGCCUUCGUCAUCCUCGGUUAGCAGCUCCAGCUCAGCCACACCCUUGCAGAGCCUCGGAAGCAAACCGCUGCAAGACUCGCUCGUGCUAAUGAACCAGAGCUCCGUGACAAGAAGCAAGUUUGAUGAUGUCUGCGAGAGCAUCAAAGUUGAACAAGAAGAGUUGUUGGAGGUCACAGAAUCUGGACAGUGGCAGUUCUUGAACAACUUCCCAAGCAAUGCUCAGUAAAGAGACCCAUGGAAGAGCAAGUCCACAAAUAGGUGGGUUUAGCUUUAAGUUCAUGGCUGACCAGUUCAUCAUGGACAUUAUGUCAGCCAGAAUUAAUGAGCAAUCUGCUUAUGUCUUUGUUCCUGUCUCUCAUUUAUUCAGAUCUUUACCAGUCGUACCUUCUGGUUACCUAUCCAUUCUGGAUAUCUGAAAAGCAUCUCAUAUACUUCUGUGUUGCAAUGAUAGGGCGCUGUGCAACUAGUCAACUGUCUUCCUCGUCUCUAACUUCUUUUUGGAGCAUGCAGUCUGCUUGACCUCAAACACCCACUAUAGAAAAACACACGGCUAAAGAGUCCCACUCCAUGACUGAAAAAUUCUUACUCUGCUCUAUUACAUUCUCAAACUGCCCAAUUGUUUCUUGGACUGUUUGUGUACAGUUCCAAUAUUCAAAGGCAGUAUAAUGACUAAUGUAAGUCUGGUUUUGUUCGUUGUGAGACCAAGUAUCGAGUGUGUGUAUACUUCUCAUAGCUUUGUUCACCAAGUUGUCCCUAGUGAACAUGGUUGUAAUAAUUGUUUUUAUGAGAGCAUUAAAACAGCUCUCAUGUGAUGUUUGCAACCUUGAAUCUUGUAGAGCAGUAAGGGACAGUUGCCGUCAGAUGCCAUAGUCAGGGUGUGUAGUUUGGCACCACAAACCGUCAUGGGUAUAAGGUGCCAGACGUCCCAUCGGGGGAAUCACAGACUAAGAGUACAGCUCUUUAUUAGCCAAGCAAAUGUUUGGUUGGUUCAGAGCGUAAACACCAAAAGUUCCUUUUGUUUGUAAAUUUCUGAAAAAUACACCAAAUAGGUCCAUCUGGCUUUGGGAAUUAUAUAUGGCUUGGAGCAACAAGUAAAAGUUGUUGAGAGGGACAGAACUCUGCAAUGGAUUAACGUGUAUUAUUCCUUUCAGUGAGAACUUGGGUUUCUCUUUUGGAAUAAGCACCUACAUGCCUGUCAAGUGGAGUGUGUAUUUUGAUGCUUCGGCCGAAAUUUAUGACACCAAAAAAAAAACCAGAUUGUUGAAAAAAAAUGUUGAUAGGUCGGUUAAGAGGUCUUAUUUGGAAAUGGCCUGAACGCAAGUGUACAUAAUAUGUAUUUUAAAGCCCGCAUGUUUGUAAAUGGAGCAUGUCUCUGAUCUCUUGGAAUAAACCUGCUCUUGGCAAACAUGACACAUUUA